AUGUUUGACUGUUCGAGUGGUGAUGAUGAUGAUGAUGAUAACGAUGAUGACGAAGAUGGCGAUGAUGGCGAUGAUGAUGACGACACGGGCCCGGCUACAGUCAACUACACGCUUCCAGUGACAGCCUUGCCAGUUGGCUUCAAUUUCUCAGAGAGGUACGACUUUGCGAUUUCACUUCGAGAAACACAAUACGCUACGGAGAACUUCACCUACAGCAACAGCCUAGCCAGGUCAUACCGAUUCUUGAUAGUCAACAAUGCCACCGCUGUCACCGUCAUGGUAGGCUCUGAGGAUGAGGAUGAAGCAGCAUCAUCUGAACUGAGCACCGGAGCGAAAGCUGGAAUUGGUGUUGGGGUGGCUCUUGUGGUGAUAAUUUUGGGCUUGCUAGGUCUAUGGCUUUAUAAGCGCCACCGGUCCAAGGAGCGCAGUGUCCUAAAGAGAGACACGCACCCGGAUCCAGACCUAGGCAACUACGGCAAUACAAACGACACCUCUGGAACCUAUGAUCACGACAACUUUAACCCUGAAACCUUUGGUUCCAGACGCAAAGCGGAAGCAAAAACGUCCCAGCCUUACGCGAAACCCGAACUCGCUGCAAAUGAACAGCCACACACAGGUGCCCCUCCGACCAAGCAUGAGAUGGGAAUAGAACCACCAAAAAUGUACGGAUCUUCUCCUGAAUCUGUCCCGGCCUGGACAUCGACAGGCUCCACGUUGACCGAAGGAAGUGACGGGAAACAAGUCCUACAGUCAGAGAAAUCAAUUUCACCACUCCCAGAGCCAACGUUACCGCCGCUCAAUUACCCAGUCGUGGCCGGGUCUGGUUCAGAAAAGAUCCCGGUCGACCCAUCCGGGCGGCCGGAAGUGGCGCAGAUGGCUUCAACAUCCUCAACGGAUAUCAAUGUCCUGAAAGCACAGGAACGUGAGAUGGCGGAAGCCCUUGAGUCGGACGAAUCAUUAAGACGGCUGAAGGCAGAACACGCGGCUUUGCAACAAAGAAUCGCGGUUGCUGAGAUGCAGGCUGCAGAGAAAAGGAAACGUCAAGCCCUUGGACAGGGCGGUCAUUAG